AUGAAAAAGAAAUCAAAAAAGCAUCAUAAGAAAAAGCGUCAUUCAUCAUCUUCAUCUUCCUCAUCACAAUCAUCCAAAUCUCAUUCCAGAUCGAGAUCCCGAUCAGAUUCAAAAUCUAAAUCCAAAUCUGAAAAAUCCAAAUCAAAUAAAUUUAACAAAGAAAAGACAAUUGAUCCCCCAAAUCAAGAUCAAUUUACGCGACCUUACAAAGUAAAUAAAUUUGCUCUUGGAUCCAUGCUUUUUGAAAAUCGAAGAACAAAUGAUAGAAUGGACAAAAGUGAAGUUUAAACUGCCAAUACUUAAUUGAAGAAAAUAGAUAAAUCAGGAAGAGACGCUGUGCUAUUAUCUGCUGCAAUAAAUACAGUUUAACAGGACGAUAAAAGAGAAGAAUACCAAGUUGAAUUAGUAAAUGGGUAGUAUGUUAAGAUAGCCAAACCAUAUAUCUGUGGGUUCAGUAAUUGUUAAAUGAGAUUUGUUACAACAGAAGAAUUAACAAAACAUUUAAGAGAACAUGACAGAGUAUAAACAUUGAAAAAUUCCCAAAGAGCUUAAAAGUUUAUGGAAAACUUAUGA